AUGCGCUCCUACUAUCAAAGCUUUGCCCAGUUGCUGCACUGGCUUGAAGAUGUGUUCCGCCGCAUCUACCCUGCAGCCGCCCAUGCUGCAUCCGCCACAAAACCCCCUCUGGGUCCGCUCGACACCUCCUCUCACAGAGGCGGAGGAGGUCCCAAACGAGACAGGGCACUGCAAAAGCCGUUCCGAGACGAGCUUCGUCAUCGAAUGGGCUUGCAGCCACGGGACCCUCUCCCGCCCUUUGAGGAAUCACCGCCAUCCUUGCACGGCGGGCCCGCCCUGCGAUUUGACUGGUCGCAGAGGCCAGACGCCUAUACAGAGCUGGUCGAGUCGAUCAUUCGCGAGCUUUGCAGCAGCAAAGAAGCAAUCGCCAGCCAAAUUCAGGUCAUCGGUGGCCAGAAAGCAGCCAUCAAGCGACAGCAGCAAAAGCAUUCUGCUGACUCCAGCCGCCAAGAAGCUCGAGAGAGCGGUCGACGACGGAGGCAAAGGGCGACCAAGAAGAGCCAGGCUCGUGCUGCUCUUCUAGCUCGUACUGCGGCGCUCAGGCGUCAGUACCAUGACACUGAUUUCACGCUUAUGCAGGCAGCCAGUGCUGAUUUGACUGACGCCGAAGAGAGCAGAUUCGAGACCGGACAAAGCGAAACGGGCAAAGAACUUACCAAUCGUGGUCUUGCUGAUAGCACGCGCGGUGGCAGCAAUGGCGGUGAUGGUGUUGGAAACGGUAAAGGUCGGCGUAGACAUCGAGGGCUUCGCAAGAUCAUUCCUUGCUGGCAAUCACUUGAGCUGCAUCGUGCUCUGCAGAAAGUGGAUAAGAUGAUAGCAAGAGAGCUCAACAGUCAGCCUUUCCCUCCCAUAAAGUUGCGCACACUUCUCGAGCCAAAACGAGUCGAGUAUCCACCCCUCGAUGCCAAGCUGGAACCGCUGCCCAGCUCCAUCAAGCGAUGGAUGGUCAGCGCCGAGUUUGCCCGACUCUUCAAGUCAGCUGUCAAGCAUGUGGGCCUUAACCAUAUUGCUGAAGGUGCCACUGGCUCGAUCACGGAUCCAGAACAAUGGGUCCAGCAUCCGCCCUACGAAGUGUACCAUUCGACUCACCACGGAAGACAGAGCAGUGACAUCUCUGGUGAACUGUACCUUGGGGAAAGCGACAGAUGCCACAGUGACGCCGACGAUAUCCAUCUCUCCGCCCGCGAGCAAGGGCUAGAGCGUUUCUCCGAACCUGGCACUAGCAAGCGCCCAGCACCAGACCAUCGUGGUCAUCUUCGUUGA